AGAGAGAUUCUCCUCCAUGUUGUAUUUUAAACUCCACCUUUUUCCUCCUUUGAUAUCAGUUCGAAGUGAAAGUGAAAGUCAGCAGGUCGUUUUUGUGACGAGAAAAAUAACGGAACAUUUUCCUGAAAGAUGACAGAUCAAGUUAUGUUUAUACGAUAAAAACAUCUGACUGUUUAUUAUAAUAUAACUGUUUAUUAUAUUAUAAUUGUGAGAAACUCCAAUCCUCUGAAAUGAGUCGACAAGAGAAGCAACACAAGAGUGGAACAAAGGAAAGACCAGAUUCCCCUGUGUCCAGCUGUGUGUCUUUGAAGAGUGAUAAAUCAAUGCUAAACCCACUCAACUUUAAAGGUGGAACAUCCUCUAUGGAAAGUGGAACAAAGGAAAGACCAGAUUCCCCUGUGUCCAGCUGUGUGUCUUUGAAGAGUGAUAAAUCAAUGCCAAACCCACUCAACUUUAGAGGUGGAACAUCGUCUAUGGAAAGAACCUCAAAAAAGAAUCCAAAAAUCAUCUCUACAACUCGGACGGAGUCCAUAUUCAAGGAGCUGGAGCACAAAGUCAUCACACUGUUGAAGAAUGAGCUGAACAGGUUCAAGAAGCUACUUAGUGCUGAUUACCCAGCAUGCUCUGAGGCAGAGGAAGAGGAUGUGCACUGUGUUAGAGAGAGUGUGCUGAAGAUCACACUGCACAUCCUGAAGAACAUGAAGCAGAAAGAUCUCGCUCACACACUGCAGAUCAAGCUGGCCUCUGUGUAUCAGAGAAAUCUCAAAUCUGGACUUCUGAAUAAAUGUAAAAGAAUUAAUGAAGGAAUCUCACAGCAUGGGACAUCAACACUUCUGAAUCAGAUCUUCACAGAGCUCUACGUCACAGAGAGUUGGACUGGAGACGUCAAUAAUGAACAUGAGGUGAGACAGAUUGAGACGGCGUCCAGGAGACCAGCGACAGAGGAGACACCCAUCAAAUGUAAUGAGCUCUUUAAAGACAAGUCCAUCAGAACUGUGCUGACAAAAGGAGUAGCUGGAAUUGGAAAAACAGUCUCUGUGCAGAAGGUCAUUCUGGACUGGGCUGAAGGAAAAGCAAAUCAGGACGUCCUCUUCCUGUUUCCACUUCCCUUUAGAGAGCUGAAUCUGAUAAAGCAGGAACACUUCAGUCUGAUGAGCCUUAUUCAUCAGUUUUUCCCCAUGAUUAAGGACUUAGAAGUAAUAGACAGCAAUGUCUACAAAGUUUUGUUCAUCUUUGAUGGUCUGGAUGAGUGUCGACUUCCUCUAAAUUUCCAGAAGAAUGAGAUGUUGUGUGAUGUGACAGAGUCGGCCUCAGUGGACGUGCUGCUGACGAACCUCAUCAAGGGGAAUCUGCUUCCUUCUGCUCUCCUCUGGAUAACCACUCGACCAGGAGCAGCCAAUCAGAUCCCUCCUGAGAGUGUAGACCAGGUAACAGAGGUACGAGGGUUCAAUGAUCCUCAGAAAGAGGAGUACUUUAGGAAGAGGAUCAGUGAUCAGAGCCUGGCCAAUAAAAUCAUCAGACACAUGAAGUCUUCAAGGAGCCUCUACAUCAUGUGCCACAUCCCAGUCUUCUGCUGGAUUUCAGCCACAGUUCUAGAGAAAAUGUUGUGUGAAGCAGAAAGUGGAGAGAUCCCCAAGACUCUGGCUCAGAUGUUCACACACUUCCUGAUCAUUCAGAUCAAACACAAGGACCAAAAGUACAAUCAGAAAUAUGACCCUGAUCCACAGAAGAGCAGAGAGAGUAUCAUGGCUUUGGGAAAACUGGCUUUCCACCAGCUGGAUAAAGGAAACAUUAUGUUUUAUGAUGAAGAUCUGAGAGAAUGUGGCAUUGAUGUCAGAGAAGUUGCAGUGUACUCAGGAGUGUGUACCCAAAUCUUCAGAACAGAGUCUGGACUCCACCUGGGGAAGAUGUUCAGCUUUGUGCAUCUGAGCGUUCAGGAGUUUUUGGCUGCAUUAUAUGCGUUUUUCUGCUUCAUUGACAAAAAACAAAUAAAAGAACAAGCCACUGAUCUGUCUGGUCUUUUCAACAAAUCAGAAAUGUCUGACUUCCUCAAAGGUGCAGUGGACCAGGCCUUACAGAGUGACAACGGACACUUGGACCUUUUCCUCCGCUUCCUUCUGGGCCUCUCAGUGGAGUCUAAUCAGAAGCUCAUUCGAGGUCUACUGACAAACACAGGAAGCAGCUCUGACUGCCAAAAGAACAUAGCUGAGUACAUCAAGUUAAAGUUUGAACAAAACCCAUCUCCAGAAAGAUCAAUCAAUCUGUUCUACUGUCUGAACGAGUUAAAUGAUGAUUCACUGGUGAAAGAGAUCCAAAGCUACAUGAGCUCAGGUCGUCUCUCUGAAGCUGAACUCUCACCUGCUCAGUGGUCUGCUCUGGUCUUUGUGUUGCUGACAUCAGAGGAGGAUCUGGAAGUGUUUGAGCUGCAGAAGUUCAUAAGAUCAGACGAAUGCUUUAAGAGACUGUUACCAGUCGUCCAGGAAGCCACAACAGUUCUGCUCAGUGAGUGUAACCUGACAGAGAGAAGCUGCUGGUCUUUACACACAGUUCUCAGCUCAGAAUCCUCCAAACUGACUGAGGUGGAUCUGAGCAGUAAUCCUCUGGAGGACUCAGGAGUGAAGCAGCUUUGUGCUGGACUGAAGAGUCCACACUGUAAACUGGAGACACUGAGACUUUCAGACUGCAGUAUAACAGAGGAAGGAUACACUGUUCUGUCUGAAGCUCUGAAAUCAUCUCACCUGAUAGAGCUGGAUCUCAGAGGGAACGACCCUGGAGCAUCAGGAGUGAAGCUGCUCACUGAUUUACUACAGGAUCCAGACUGUAAACUGAACACACUGAGAUUGUUGAAAAGUCCUGAAGCAGAGGAAGCCUUUAAACAUCUGCAUAAUGUUCUAGACACAAACCCUUUAUUGCAGACGGAUCUAAACCUGAGUGGGAAAAUAAAAGGAGACUCAGGAGUGAAGCAGCUCUCUGUUCUACUGAAGGAUUCACACUGCAGAACUGAGAAACUUACGCUAAAGGUCUGUAGUAUUACAGAAGAAGGCUGUUCAGCUUUGUCUUCAUCUCUUUAUUUAAAUCCUGCACACAUAAGAGAGAUGGAUCUGAGUGAGAAUAAAUUUGGAAACUCUGGAGUGCAGAAGCUUUGUGUACUGCUGCAACAUCAGUCCUGUAACCUGCAGAUACUGAGACUCUCAGACUGCAGUAUAACAGAGGAAGGAUACACUGCUCUGUCUGAAGCUCUGAAAUCAUCUCACCUGAUAGAGCUGGAUCUCAGAGGGAACGACCCUGGAGCAUCAGGAGUGAAGCUGCUCACUGAUUUACUACAGGAUCCAGACUGUAAACUGAACACACUGAGGUUGUUGAAGAGCUCUGCUGCACAGGAGGCCUGUACUUGGCUAAAUUCCACUAUAGGUACAAACUGUUUACUCCUAAAAGAGCUGGAUCUGAGCAGGAAUGAACCAGGAGACUCAGGAGUGAAGCAGCUCUCUGCUCUGAUGGAAGACUCUCACUGUAAAUUUCAGAUCAUUAAGCUGAAUAAAUGUAAUCUGACUGUGGAGAGCUGUUCAGCUUUAGCCAGCGCUCUGAAAUUCCAGUCCUGUAGUGUGAGAGAACUGGACCUGAGUGAAAACAGUCUGCAGGAUUCAGGAGUCACUCAGCUUUCUGCUGGACUGAAACAUCAACACUGUAAACUGGAGACACUGAGGUUAAAAACGUGUGAUUUAAUGGAGGAAAGUUGUUCAGCUCUAGCUGAAGUUCUCAGUUCUGAAUAUUCCCAUCUGAGAGAACUGGACCUGAGUGACAACAGUCUGCAGGAUUCAGGAGUCACUCAGCUUUCUGUUGGACUGAAACAUCAACACUGUAAACUGGAGACACUGAGGCUUAACACAUGUUCUAUAACUGAUGGAAGCAGUUCAGCUCUAGCUGAAGUUCUCAGUUCUAAAUAUUCCCAGCUGAGAGAACUGGACCUGAGUGACAACAGUCUGCAGGAUUCAGGAGUCACUCAGCUUUCUGCUGGACUGAAGAAUCCACAGUCUGCACUCACAAUACUGAGACUGUGUAACUGCAGUGUAACAGAUGAAGGCUGUGCUGCUUUGGCUACAGCUCUGGGAGAAAAUCCCUCACAUCUCUUAGAGCUGGAUCUGAACGGGAAUAAAGUAGGAGACAGUGGAAUAAAGCAGAUCUCUAAUCUACUACAGAAUCCACACUGCAUCCUAGAAAAACUCAGGUUAAUGGACAAUAAUAUCAGAGAGGAAGGAUACACUGUUCUGUCUGAAGCUCUGAAAUCAUCUCACCUGAUAGAGCUGGAUCUCAGAGGGAACGACCCUGGAGCAUCAGGAGUGAAGCUGCUCACUGAUUUACUACAGGAUCCAGACUGUAAACUGAACACACUGAGGUUGUUGAAGAGCUCUGCUGCACAGGAGGCCUGUACUUGGCUAAAUUCCACUAUAGGUACAAACCCUUUACUCCUAAAAGAGCUGGAUCUGAGCAGGAAUGAACCAGGAGACUCAGGAGUGAAUCAGCUCUCUGUUCUGAUUGAAGACUCUCACUGUAAAUUUCAGAAAAUUAAGGUGAAUAAAUGUAAUCUGACUGUGGAGAGCUGUUCAGCUUUAGCCAGCGCUCUGAAAUUCCAGUCCUGUAGUGUGAGAGAACUGGACCUGAGUGACAACAGUCUGCACGAUUCAGGAGUCACUCAGCUUUCUGCUGGACUGAAACAUCAACACUGCAACCUGGAGAUACUGAGGUUAAAAACAUGUGAUUUAAUGGAGGAAAGUUGUUCAGCUCUAGCUGAAGUUCUCAGUUCUGAAUAUUCCCAUCUGAGAGAACUGGACCUGAGUAACAACAGACUGCAGGAUUCAGGAGUCACUCAGCUUUCUGCUGGACUGAAACAUCAACACUGUAAACUGGAGACACUGAGGCUUAACACAUGUUCUAUGACUGAUGGAAGCAGUUUGGCUCUAGCUGAAGUUCUCAGUUCUGAAUAUUCCCUGCUGAGAGAACUGGACCUGAGUAACAACAGUCUGCAGGAUUCAGGAGUCACUCAGCUUUCUGCUGGACUGAAACAUCAACACUGUAAAAUGGAGACACUUAGGCUUAAAACAUGUGAUUUAAUGGAUGAAAGUUGUUCAGCUCUAGCUGAAGUUCUCAGUUCUGAAUAUUCUCAUCUGAGAGAACUGGACCUGAGUGACAACAGUCUGCAGGAUUCAGGAGUCACUCAGCUUUCUGAUGGACUGAAACAUCAACACUGUAAACUGGAGACACUGAGGCUUAACACAUGUUCUAUAACUGAUGGAAGCAGUUCGGCUCUAGCUGAAGUUCUCAGUUCUGAAUAUUCCCAGCUGAGAGAACUGGACCUGAGUAACAACAGUCUGCAGGAUUCAGGAGUCACUCAGCUUUCUGCUGGACUGAAACAUCAACACUGUAAACUGGAGACACUGAGACUUAACACAUGUUCUAUAACUGAUGGAAGCAGUUCAGCUCUAGCUGAAGUUCUCAGUUCUGAAUAUUCCCAGCUGAGAGAACUGGACCUGAGUAACAACAGUCUGCAGGAUUCAGGAGUCACUCAGCUUUCUGCUGGACUGAAGAAUCCACAGUCUGCACUCACAAUACUGAGACUGUGUAACUGCAGUGUAACAGAUGAAGGCUGUGCUGCUUUGGCUACAGCUCUGGGAGAAAAUCCCUCACAUCUCUUAGAGCUGGAUCUGAACGGGAAUAAAGUAGGAGACAGUGGAAUAAAGCAGAUCUCUAAUCUACUACAGAAUCCACACUGCAUCCUAGAAAAACUCAGGUUAAUGGACAAUAAUAUCAGAGAGGAAGGAUACACUGUUCUGUCUGAAGCUCUGAAAUCAUCUCACCUGAUAGAGCUGGAUCUCAGAGGGAACGACCCUGGAGCAUCAGGAGUGAAGCUGCUCACUGAUUUACUACAGGAUCCAGACUGUAAACUGAACACACUGAGGCUGUUAAAAAGUCCUGAUGCAGUGAAGGUCUGUGAUUCUCUGACUGAGGUUCUGGGUACAAACCCCUUACUGCAGAGAGAACUGGAUCUGAGUGGGAAAAUAAAAGGAGACUCAGGAGUGAAGCAGCUCUCUGUUCUACUGAAGGAUUCACACUGCAGAGCUGAGAAACUUACACUUACUGAAUGUGGUCUGACGAUGGAAAGCUGUACACCUCUGGCUGAAGUUCUCAGCUCACAACCCUGCUUUCUAAGUGAGUUGGACCUGAGUAACAACAGACUACAGGAAGAAGGAAUCGAGAAGUUAUCUGAAGGACUGAAGAAACAAAGCUGUAAUCUAAAAAUAUUAAGACUUUCAGACUGCAGUAUAACAGAGGAAGGAUACACUGUUCUGUCUGAAGCUCUGAAAUCAUCUCACCUGAUAGAGCUGGAUCUCAGAGGGAACGACCCUGGAGCAUCAGGAGUGAAGCUGCUCACUGAUUUACUACAGGAUCCAGACUGUAAACUGUCACUGAGGUUGUUGAAGAGCUCUGCUGCACAGGAGGCCUGUACUUGGCUAAAUUCCACUAUAGGUACAAACUGUUUACUCCUAAAAGAGCUGGAUCUGAGCAGGAAUGAACCAGGAGACUCAGGAGUGAAGCAGCUCUCUGCUCUGAUGGAAGACUCUCACUGUAAAUUUCAGAUAAUUAAGCUGAAUAAAUGUAAUCUGACUGUGGAGAGCUGUUCAGCUUUAGCCAGCGCUCUGAAAUUCCAGUCCUGUAGUGUGAGAGAACUGGACCUGAGUGAAAACAGUCUGCAGGAUUCAGGAGUCACUCAGCUUUCUGCUGGACUGAAACAUCAACAUUGUAACCUGGAGAUACUGAGGUUAAAAACAUGUGAUUUAAUGGAGGAAAGUUGUUCAGCUCUAGCUGAAGUUCUCAGUUCUGAAUAUUCCCAGCUGAGAGAACUGGACCUGAGUGACAACAGUCUGCAGGAUUCAGGAGUCACUCAGCUUUCUGCUGGACUGAAACAUCAACACUGUAAACUGGAGACACUGAGGCUUAACACAUGUUCUAUAACUGAUGGAAGCAGUUCAGCUCUAGCUGACGUUCUCAGUUCUGAAUAUUCCCAUCUGAGAGAACUGGACCUGAGUGAAAACAGUCUGCAGGAUUCAGGAGUCACUCAGCUUUCUGCUGGACUGAAGAAUCCACAGUCUGCACUCACAAUACUGAGACUGUGUAACUGCAGUGUAACAGAUGAAGGCUGUGCUGCUUUGGCUACAGCUCUGGGAGAAAAUCCCUCACAUCUCUUAGAGCUGGAUCUGAACGGGAAUAAAGUAGGAGACAGUGGAAUAAAGCAGAUCUCUAAUCUACUACAGAAUCCACACUGCAUCCUAGAAAAACUCAGGUUAAUGGACAAUAAUAUCAGAGAGGAAGGAUACACUGUUCUGUCUGAAGCUCUGAAAUCAUCUCACCUGAUAGAGCUGGAUCUCAGAGGGAACGGCCCUGGAGCAUCAGGAGUGAAGCUGCUCACUGAUUUACUACAGGAUCCAGACUGUAAACUGAACACACUGAGGUUAUUGAAAAGUUCUGCUGCACAGGAAGUUUGUGAUUUUCUUUCUAGAGUUCUGGGUGUGAACCCCUUACUGCAGAGAGAACUCAAUGUGAGUGAGAAAAUAUCUGGAGACUCGCAGGUGAAGCAGCUCUCUGCUCUUCUGGAGGAUUCACACUGCAGACCAGAGAGACUCAAAGUAAAUAACUGCAGGAUGACAAAUGAAGGUUGUGCUGCUCUGGUAUCAGCUCUGGGUUUAAACCCCUCACACCUGAGAGAGCUGGAGCUGAGUGGGAAUAAACUGGGAGGAUCAGGAAUGAAGGAGCUCUGUGAUGUGCUGAAGAAUCAACAACUCAAACUGCUGAAACUGGGGUUGUAUAAAUGCAGUCUCACUGAAGAUGACUGUACUGCUGUUGUAUCAGCUCUGAGAACAAACCCCUCACACCUCAAGGAGCUGGACCUGAGUGACAAUACAAUUGGAGACACAGGAGUGAAGCAGCUCUGUGAUCUACUGAAGACCUCAAACUGCAGUCUGGAGAAACUGAAAAUAAAUAACUGUAAUCUCACACAAACACAAUGUGGUGAUCUGGCUAAAGCUCUGGAAUCAAACUCCUCAUCACCUCUGAAAGAGCUGGAGCUCAGAUGGAACAACAGUGUGUCAGAUUGGAACAUUUUUAGUUAUUUUCUAGGGAAUCCAAACUCUAAGUUGAUUUUGAGAAUUUUGAGUCCUGAAGAGAAAGAGGUCUGUGAUUAUCUGACUAAAGUUCUGGGUACAAACCCCUUACUGCAGAGAGAACUGGAUCUGAGUGGGAAAAAAUCAGGAGACUCUGAAGUGAAGCAGCUCUCUGUUCUACUGAAGGAUCCACAGUGUAGGACUGAGAAACUCAGGCUGAAUAAGAGCAGUGUUACAGACAGAGGCUUUACUGAUCUGAUAUCAGCUCUUACUUCAAACCCUUCGCAACUGACAGAACUGGACCUGAGUGAGAACACACUGGGGAACUCAGGAGCGAUUCAGAUCUCUACUCUACUAAAGAAGUCAUCCUGUAAACUACAGAAGCUUGUACUUUCAGACUGUAAUAUAACAGAGAAAGGAUACACUGAUGUGGUUAAAGCUCUGAAGUCAAACCACUCAUCACUCCUGAUAGAGCUGGACCUCAGAGGGAACGACCCUGGAGCAUCAGGAAUAAAGGAGCUUAGGGAUUUGAUGAAUGAUAAAAAAUGUAAACUGAAGACACUGAGGGUGUUGAAAAGUCCUGAAGCACAGAAAGCUUCUGAUCAUCUGACUAAAGUUCUGGGUAUAAACCCGAUACUGCAGACGGAUCUGAAUCUGAGUGGGAAAAUAAAAGGAGACUCAGAAGUAGAGCAGCUCUCUGUUUUACUGAAGGAUCCACACUGCAGACCUGAAAGACUUCAACUCAGUGAGUGUAAUCUGACAGAGAAAGGAUGUUUAGCUCUGCUCACAGCUCUCAGAUCAGAACACUCCACCCUGAAGGAGCUGAAUCUGAGUAACAACAGGAUUCAGGAUUCAGGAGUGAAGCUGCUCUCUGAGGACCUGAAGAAGAAACACUGUAAACUGGAGACUCUGAGGUUGUAUAAAUGCAGUCUCACUGAAGAUGACUGUACUGCUGUUGUAUCAGCUCUGAGAACAAACCCCUCACACCUCAAGGAGCUGGACCUGAGUGACAAUACAAUUGGAGACACCGGAGUGAAGCAGCUCUGUGAUCUACUGAAGACCUCAAACUGCAGUCUGGAGAAUCUAAAAAUAAAUAACUGUAAUCUCACACAAACACAAUGUGGUGAUCUGGCUAAAGCUCUGGAAUCAAACUCCUCAUCACCUCUGAAAGAGCUGGAUCUCAGAGGGAACUACAGUGUGUCAGGAUGGAACAUUUUUAGUUAUUUUCUAGGGAAUCCAAACUCUAAAAUGAUUUUGAGAAUUUUGAGUCCUGAAGCAGAAAAGGUCUGUGAUUAUCUGACUAAAGUUCUGGGUACAAACCCCUUACUGCAGAGAGAACUGGAUCUGAGUGGGAAAAUAUCUGGAGACUCUGAAGUGAAGCAGCUCUCUGUUCUACUGAAGGAUCCACAGUGUAGGACUGAGAAACUCAGGCUGAAUAAGAGCAGUGUUACAGACAGAGGCUUUACUGAUCUGAUAUCAGCUCUUACUUCAAACCCUUCACACCUGACAGAACUGGACCUGAGUGAGAACACACUGGGAAACUCAGGAGCGAUUCAGAUCUCUACUCUACUAAAGAAUUCAUCCUGUAAACUCCAGAAGCUUGUACUUUCAGACUGUAAUAUAACAGAGAAAGGAUACACUGAUGUGGUUAAAGCUCUGAAGUCAAACCACUCAUCACUCCUGAUAGAGCUGGACCUCAGAGGGAACGACCCUGGAGCAUCAGGAAUAAAGGAGCUUAGGGAUUUGAUGAAUGAUAAAAAAUGUAAACUGAAGACACUGAGGGUGUUGAAAAGUCCUGAAGCACAGAAAGCUUCUGAUCAUCUGACUGAAGUUCUGGGUAUAAACCCGAUACUGCAGACGGAUCUGAAUCUGAGUGGGAAAAUAAAAGGAGACUCAGAAGUAGAGCAGCUCUCUGUUUUACUGAAGGAUCCACACUGCAGACCUGAAACACUUCAACUCAGUGAGUGUAAUCUGACAGAGAAAGGAUGUUCAGCUCUGCUCACAGCUCUCAGAUCAGAACACUCCACCCUGAAGGAGCUGAAUCUGAGUAACAACAGGAUUCAGGAUUCAGGAGUGAAGCUGCUCUCUGAGGAACUGAAGAAGAAACACUGUAAACUGGAGACUCUGAGACUUUCAGACUGCAGUAUAACAGAGGAAGGAUACACUUUUCUGGCUGAAGCUCUGAGACAGAAUUCAUCAUCACACCUGAGAGAGCUGGAUCUCAGAGGGAACGACCCUGGAGCUUCAGGAGUGAAACAACUUACUGACAACAAAGUUUACAACCUGACACUGAGGUUGUUAAAAAGUCCUGAUGCAGAGGAAGCCUACACAUGUCUUACAGACAUGUUCAGUAAGAACCCCUUACUGCACACGGAGCUGGAUCUGAGCACCAAAACACCAAAGAACAUCAAAGUGAAGCAGCUUUCAGCUCUGCUGCAGGAUCCACAUUACAGACUGCAGAAACUUACGUUGUAUAAAUGCAGUCUCACUGAAGAUGACUGUACUGCUGUUGUAGCAGCUCUGAGAACAAACCCCUCACACCUCAAGGAUCUGGACCUGAGUGACAAUACAAUUGGAGACACAGGAGUGAAGCAGCUCUGUGAUCUACUGAAGAACUCAAACUGCAGUCUGGAGAAUCUAAAAAUAAAUAACUGUAAUCUCACACAAACACAAUGUGGUGAUCUGGCUAAAGCUCUGGAAUCAAACUCCUCAUCACCUCUGAAAGAGCUGGAUCUCAGAGGGAACUACAGUGUGUCAGAUUGGAACAUUUUUAGUUAUUUUCUAGGGAAUCCAAACUCUAAGUUGACUUUGAGAAUUUUGAGUCCUGAUGCAGAAGAAGUCUGUGAUCAUCUGACUAAAGUUCUGGGUAUAAACCCGAUACUGCAGACGGAUCUGAAUCUGAGUGGGAAAAUAAAAGGAGACUCAGAAGUAGAGCAGCUCUCUGUUUUACUGAAGGAUCCACACUGCAGGCCUGAAAGACUUCAACUCAGUGAGUGUAAUCUGACAGAGAAAGGAUGUUCAGCUCUGCUCACAGCUCUCAGAUCAGAACACUCCACCCUGAAGGAGCUGAAUCUGAGUAAGAACAGGAUUCAGGAUUCAGGAGUGAAGCUGCUCUCUGAGGAACUGAAGAAGAAACACUGUAAACUGGAGACUCUGAGGUUAAUGGACAAUAAUAUCAGAGAGGAAGGAUACACUGUUCUGUCUGAAGCUCUGAAAUCAUCUCACCUGAUAGAGCUGGAUCUCAGAGGGAACGACCCUGGAGCAUCAGGAGUGAAGCUGCUCACUGAUUUACUACAGGAUCCAGACUGUAAACUGAACACACUGAGGUUGUUGAAAAGUUCUGCUGCACAGGAAGGUUGUGAUUUACUUUCUAGAGUUCUGGGUGUGAACCCCUUACUGCAGAGAGAACUCAAUGUGAGUGAGAAAAUAUCUGGAGACUCGCAGGUGAAGCAGCUUUCUGCUCUUCUGGAGGAUUCACACUGCAGACCAGAGAGACUCAAAGUAAAUAACUGCAGGAUGACAAAUGAAGGUUGUGCUGCUCUGGUAUCAGCUCUGGGUUUAAACCCCUCACACCUGAGAGAGCUGGAGCUGAGUGGGAAUAAACUGGGAGGAUCAGGAAUGAAGGAGCUCUAUGAUGUGCUGAAGAAUCAACAACUCAAACUGCUGAAACUGGGGUUGUAUAAUUGCAGUCUCACUGAAGAUGACUGUACUGCUGUUGUAGCAGCUCUGAGAACAAACCCCUCACACCUCAAGGAGCUGGACCUGAGUGACAAUACAAUUGGAGACACAGGAGUGAAGCAGCUCUGUGAUCUAUUGAAGACCUCAAACUGCAGUCUGGAGAAACUGAAAAUAAAUAACUGUAAUCUCACACAAACACAAUGUGGUGAUCUGGCUAAAGCUCUGGAAUCAAACUCCUCAUCACCUCUGAAAGAGCUGGAGCUCAGAGGGAACAACAGUGUGUCAGAUUGGAACAUUUUUAGUUAUUUUCUAGGGAAUCCAAACUCCAAGUUGAUUUUGAGAAUUUUGAGUCCUGAAACAGAAAAGGUCUGUGAUUAUCUGACUGAAUUUCUGGGUAUAAACCCCUUACUGCAGAGAGAACUGGAUCUGAGUGGGAAAAUAUCUGGAGACUCUGGAGUGAAGCAGCUCUCUGUUCUACUGAAGGAUCCACAGUGUAGGACUGAGAAACUUCAACUCAGUGAGUGUAAUCUGACAGAGAAAGGAUGUUCAGCUCUGCUCACAGCUCUCAGAUCAGAACACUCCACCCUGAAGGAGCUGAAUCUGAGUAAGAACAGGAUUCAGGAUUCAGGAGUGAAGCUGCUCUCUGAGGACCUGAAGAAGAAACACUGUAAACUGGAGACUCUGAGGUUAAUGGACAAUAAUAUCAGAGAGGAAGGAUACACUGUUCUGUCUGAAGCUCUGAAAUCAUCUCACCUGAUAGAGCUGGAUCUCAGAGGGAACGACCCUGGAGCAUCAGGAGUGAAGCUGCUCACUGAUUUACUACAGGAUCCAGACUGUAAACUGAACACACUGAGGUUGUUGAAAAGUUCUGCUGCACAGGAAGGUUGUGAUUUACUUUCUAGAGUUCUGGGUGUGAACCCCUUACUGCAGAGAGAACUCAAUGUGAGUGAGAAAAUAUCUGGAGACUCGCAGGUGAAGCAGCUCUCUGCUCUUCUGGAGGAUUCACACUGCAGACCAGAGAGACUCAAAGUAAAUAACUGCAGGAUGACAAAUGAAGGUUGUGCUGCUCUGGUAUCAGCUCUGGGUUUAAACCCCUCACACCUGAGAGAGCUGGAGCUGAGUGGGAAUAAACUGGGAGGAUCAGGAAUGAAGGAGCUCUGUGAUGUGCUGAAGAAUCAACAACUCAAACUGCUGAAACUGGGGUUGUAUAAAUGCAGUCUCACUGAAGAUGACUGUACUGCUGUUGUAGCAGCUCUGAGAACAAACCCCUCACACCUCAAGGAGCUGGACCUGAGUGACAAUACAAUUGGAGACACAGGAGUGAAGCAGCUCUGUGAUCUACUGAAGACCUCAAACUGCAGUCUGGAAAAACUGAAAAUAAAUAACUGUAAUCUCACACAAACACAAUGUGGUGAUCUGGCUAAAGCUCUGGAAUCAAACUCCUCAUCACCUCUGAAAGAGCUGGAUCUCAGAGGGAACUACAGUGUGUCAGGAUGGAACAUUUUUAGUUAUUUUCUAGGGAAUCCAAACUCUAAGUUGACUUUGAGAAUUUUGAGUCCUGAAGCAGAAAAGGUCUGUGAUUAUCUGACUAAAGUUCUGGGUACAAACCCCUUACUGCAGAGAGAACUGGAUCUGAGUGGGAAAAUAUCUGGAGACUCUGGAGUGAAGCAGCUCUCUGUUCUACUGAAGGAUCCACAGUGUAGGACUGAAAGACUUCAACUCAGUGAGUGUAAUCUGACAGAGAAAGGAUGUUCAGCUCUGCUCACAGCUCUCAGAUCAGAACACUCCACCCUGAAGGAGCUGAAUCUGAGUAAGAACAGGAUUCAGGAUUCAGGAGUGAAGCUGCUCUCUGAGGAACUGAAGAAGAAACACUGUAAACUGGAGACUCUGAGACUUUCAGACUGCAGUAUAACAGAGGAAGGAUACACUUUUCUGGCUGAAGCUCUGAGACAGAAUUCAUCAUCACACCUGACAGAGCUGGAUCUCAGAGGGAACGACCCUGGAGCUUCAGGAGUGAAACAACUUACUGACAACAAAGUUUACAACCUGACACUGAGGUUGUUAAAAAGUCCUGAUGCAGAGGAAGCCUACACGUGUCUUACAGACAUGUUCAGUAAGAACCCCUUACUGCACACGGAGCUGAAUCUGAGCACCAAAACACCAAAGAACAUCAAAGUGAAGCAGCUUUCAGCUCUGCUGCAGGAUCCACAUUACAGACUGCAGAAACUUACGUUGUAUAAAUGCAGUCUCACUGAAGAUGACUGUACUGCUGUUGUAUCAGCUCUGAGAACAAACCCCUCACACCUCAAGGAGCUGGACCUGAGUGACAAUACAAUUGGAGACACAGGAGUGAAGCAGCUCUGUGAUCUACUGAAGACCUCAAACUGCAGUCUGGAGAAACUGAAAAUAAAUAACUGUAAUCUCACACAAACACAAUGUGGUGAUCUGGCUAAAGCUCUGGAAUCAAACUCCUCAUCACCUCUGAAAGAGCUGGAUCUCAGAGGGAACUACAGUGUGUCAGGAUGGAACAUUUUUAGUUAUUUUCUAGGGAAUUCAAACUCUAAGUUGACUUUAAGAAUUUUGAGUCCUGAAGCAGAAAAGGUCUGUGAUUAUCUGACUAAAGUUCUGGGUACAAACCCCUUACUGCAGAGAGAACUGGAUCUGAGUGGGAAAAUAUCUGGAGACUCUGAAGUGAAGCAGCUCUCUGUUCUACUGAAGGAUCCACAGUGUAGGACUGAGAAACUCAGGUUAAUGGACAAUAAUAUCAGAGAGGAAGGAUACACUGUUCUGUCUGAAGCUCUGAAAUCAUCUCACCUGAUAGAGCUGGAUCUCAGAGGGAACGACCCUGGAGCAUCAGGAGUGAAGCUGCUCACUGAUUUACAACAGGAUCCAGACUGUAAACUGUACACACUGAGAUUGUUGAAAAGUCCUGAAGCAGAGGAAGCCUUUAAACAUCUACAUAAUGUUCUAGACACAAACCCUUUAUUGCAGACGGAUCUAAAUCUGAGUGGGAAAAUAAAAGGAGACUCAGGAGUGAAGCAGCUCUCUGUUCUACUGAAGGAUUCACACUGCAGAACUGAGAAACUUACGCUUAUUAAAUGUGACCUAAUGACAGAAAGCUGUAUAACUCUGGCCAAAGUUCUCAGUUUACAGCCUUGUUUUCUAACCGAAUUGGACCUGAGUGAAAACAGCCUACAGAAUUCAGGGGUCAUGGAAUUAUCUAAAGGACUCAAGAAUCGAUGCUGUAAACUGAAGAUAUUAAGACUUUCAGACUGCAGUGUAACAGAGGAAGGAUACACUGCUCUGGCUGAAGCUCUGAAAUCAAACCCAUCAUCACACAUGAUAGAGCUGGACCUCAGAGGGAACGACCCUGGAGAUUCAGGAGUGAAAAUACUUGAUGAAAUCCAAAAUAAUCAAAAUUACAAACUGAAGACACUUAGGUUGAUAAAAAGCUCUGCUGCACAGAAGGCCUGUAAUUGGCUGAAUUCAGUUGUAGAUAAAAACACUUUACUCCUAAAAGAGCUCGAUCUGAGCAGGAAGGAAACAGGAGACUCAGGAAUGAAGAAGCUCUCAGUUCUGAUGAAAGACUCACACUGUAAAUUUCAGAAAAUAAAGCUCAGUGAGUGUAACCUGACAGAGAGAAGCUGCUGGUCUUUACACACAGUUCUCAGCUCAGAAUCCUCCAAGCUGACUGAGGUGGAUCUGAGCAGUAAUCCUCUGGAGGACUCAGGAGUGAAGCAGCUUUGUGCUGGACUGAAGAGUCCACACUGUAAACUGGAGACACUGAGACUUUCAGACUGCAGUAUAACAGAGGAAGGAUACACUGUUCUGUCUGAAGCUCUGAAAUCAUCUCACCUGAUAGAGCUGGAUCUCAGAGGGAACGACCCUGGAGCAUCAGGAGUGAAGCUGCUCACUGAUUUACUACAGGAUCCAGACUGUAAACUGAACACACUGAGGCUGUUAAAAAGUCCUGAUGCAGUGAAGGUCUGUGAUUCUCUGACUGAGGUUCUGGGUACAAACCCCUUACUGCAGAGAGAACUGGAUCUGAGUGGGAAAAUAAAAGGAGACUCAGGAGUGAAGCAGCUCUCUGUUCUACUGAAGGAUUCACACUGCAGAACUGAGAAACUUACGCUUAUUAAAUGUGACCUAAUGACAGAAAGCUGUAUAACUCUGGCCAAAGUUCUCAGUUUACAGCCUUGUUUUCUAACCGAAUUGGACCUGAGUGAAAACAGCCUACAGAAUUCAGGGGUCAUGGAAUUAUCUAAAGGACUCAAGAAUCCAUGCUGUAAACUGGAGAUAUUAAGACUUUCAGACUGCAGUGUAACAGAGGAAGGAUACACUGCUCUGGCUGAAGCUCUGAAAUCAAACCCAUCAUCACACAUGAUAGAGCUGGACCUCAGAGGGAACGACCCUGGAGAUUCAGGAGUGAAAAUGCUUGAUGAAAUCCAAAAUAAUCAAAAUUACAAACUGAAGACACUUAGACUUUCAGACUGCAGUAUAACAGAGGAAGGAUACACUGUUCUGUCUGAAGCUCUGAAAUCAUCUCACCUGAUAGAGCUGGAUCUCAGAGGGAACGACCCUGGAGCAUCAGGAGUGAAGCUGCUCACUGAUUUACUACAGGAUCCAGACUGUAAACUGAACACACUGAGAUUGUUGAAAAGUCCUGAAGCAGAGGAAGUCUUUAAACAUCUACAUAAUGUUCUAGACACAAACCCUUUAUUGCAGACGGAUCUAAACCUGAGUGGGAAAAUAAAAGGAGACUCAGGAGUGAAGCAGCUCUCUGAUCUACUGAAGGAUUCACACUGCAGAACUGAGAAACUUACGCUUAUUAAAUGUGACCUAAUGACAGAAAGCUGUAUAACUCUGGCCAAAGUUCUCAGUUUACAGCCUUGUUUUCUAACCGAACUGGACCUGAGUGAAAACAGCCUACAGAAUUCAGGGGUCAUGGAAUUAUCUAAAGGACUCAAGAAUCCAUGCUGUAAACUGGAGAUAUUAAGACUUUCAGACUGCAGUGUAACAGAGGAAGGAUACACUGCUCUGGCUGAAGCUCUGAAAUCAAACCCAUCAUCACACAUGAUAGAGCUGGACCUCAGAGGGAACGACCCUGGAGAUUCAGGAGUGAAAAUACUUGAUGAAAUCCAAAAUAAUCAAAAUUACAAACUGAAGACACUUAGGUUGAUAAAAAGCUCUGCUGCACAGGAGGCCUGUAAUUGGCUGAAUUCAGUUGUAGAUAAAAACACUUUACUCCUAAAAGAGCUCGAUCUGAGCAGGAAGGAAACAGGAGACUCAGGAAUGAAGAAGCUCUCAGUUCUGAUGAAAGACUCACACUGUAAAUUUCAGAAAAUAAAGCUCAGUGAGUGUAACCUGACAGAGAGAAGCUGCUGGUCUUUACACACAGUUCUCAGCUCAGAAUCCUCCAAGCUGACUGAGGUGGAUCUGAGCAGUAAUCCUCUGGAGGACUCAGGAGUGAAGCAGCUUUGUGCUGGACUGAAGAGUCCACACUGUAAACUGGAGACACUGAGACUUUCAGACUGCAGUAUAACAGAGGAAGGAUACACUGUUCUGUCUGAAGCUCUGAAAUCAUCUCACCUGAUAGAGCUGGAUCUCAGAGGGAACGACCCUGGAGCAUCAGGAGUGAAGCUGCUCACUGAUUUACUACAGGAUCCAGACUGUAAACUGAACACACUGAGGCUGUUAAAAAGUCCUGAUGCAGUGAAGGUCUGUGAUUCUCUGACUGAGGUUCUGGGUACAAACCCCUUACUGCAGAGAGAACUGGAUCUGAGUGGGAAAAUAAAAGGAGACUCAGGAGUGAAGCAGCUCUCUGUUCUACUGAAGGAUUCACACUGCAGAACUGAGAAACUUACGCUAAAGGUCUGUAGUAUUACAGAAGAAGGCUGUUCAGCUUUGUCUUCAUCUCUUUAUUUAAAUCCUGCACACAUAAGAGAGAUGGAUCUGAGUGAGAAUAAAUUUGGAAACUCUGGAGUGCAGAAGCUUUGUGUACUGCUGCAACAUCAGUCCUGUAACCUGCAGAUACUGAGACUUUCAGACUGCAGUAUAACAGAGGAAGGAUACACUGUUCUGUCUGAAGCUCUGAAAUCAUCUCACCUGAUAGAGCUGGAUCUCAGAGGGAACGACCCUGGAGCAUCAGGAGUGAAGCUGCUCACUGAUUUACUACAGGAUCCAGACUGUAAACUGAACACACUGAGGUUGUUGAAAAGUUCUGCUGCACAGGAAGGUUGUGAUUUACUUUCUAGAGUUCUGGGUGUGAACCCCUUACUGCAGAGAGAACUCAAUGUGAGUGAGAAAAUAUCUGGAGACUCGCAGGUGAAGCAGCUCUCUGCUCUUCUGGAGGAUUCACACUGCAGACCAGAGAGACUCAAAGUAAAUAACUGCAGGAUGACAAAUGAAGGUUGUGCUGCUCUGGUAUCAGCUCUGGGUUUAAACCCCUCACACCUGAGAGAGCUGGAGCUGAGUGGGAAUAAACUGGGAGGAUCAGGAAUGAAGGAGCUCUGUGAUGUGCUGAAGAAUCAACAACUGCUGAAACUGGGGUUGUAUAAAUGCAGUCUCACUGAAGAUGACUGUACUGCUGUUGUAUCAGCUCUGAGAACAAACCCCUCACACCUCAAGGAUCUGGACCUGAGUGACAAUACAAUUGGAGACACAGGAGUGAAGCAGCUCUGUGAUCUACUGAAGACCUCAAACUGCAGUCUGGAGAAACUGAAAAUAAAUAACUGUAAUCUCACACAAACACAAUGUGGUGAUCUGGCUAAAGCUCUGGAAUCAAACUCCUCAUCACCUCUGAAAGAGCUGGAUCUCAGAGGGAACUACAGUGUGUCAGGAUGGAACAUUUUUAGUUCUUUUCUAGGGAAUCCAAACUCUAAGUUGAUUUUGAGAAUUUUGAGUCCUGAAACAGAAAAGGUCUGUGAUUAUCUGACUGAAUUUCUGGGUAUAAACCCCUUACUGCAGAGAGAACUGGAUCUGAGUGGGAAAAUAUCUGGAGAUUCUGGAGUGAAGCAGCUCUCUGUUCUACUGAAGGAUCCACAGUGUAGGACUGAGAAACUUCAACUCAGUGAGUGUAAUCUGACAGAGAAAGGAUGUUCAGCUCUGCUCACAGCUCUCAGAUCAGAACACUCCACCCUGAAGGAGCUGAAUCUGAGUAACAACAGGAUUCAGGAUUCAGGAGUGAAGCUGCUCUCUGAGGAACUGAAGAAGAAACACUGUAAACUGGAGACUCUGAGACUUUCAGACUGCAGUAUAACAGAGGAAGGAUACACUUUUCUGGCUGAAGCUCUGAGACAGAAUUCAUCAUCACACCUGAGAGAGCUGGAUCUCAGAGGGAACGACCCUGGAGCUUCAGGAGUGAAACAACUUACUGACAACAAAGUUUACAACCUGACACUGAGGUUGUUAAAAAGUCCUGAUGCAGAGGAAGCCUACACGUGUCUUACAGACAUGUUCAGUAAGAACCCCUUACUGCACACGGAGCUGGAUCUGAGCACCAAAACACCAAAGAACAUCAAAGUGAAGCAGCUUUCAGCUCUGCUGCAGGAUCCACAUUACAGACUGCAGAAACUUACGUUAUAUACAGUAGACAGUAUGACAGAUGAUGACUGUUCACAUGUGUUUUCUGCUCUGGUUUUAAACCCUUCACACCUGAGAGAUCUGAAUCUGAACAGUAAUAAACCAGGAGAGUCUGGACUGAGAAAUCUGUGUGAUUUCCUGAAGAAUCCUAAAUGUAAACUGCAGACACUAAAACUACAGAACAGUGUAAAAGGUAAAUCAUCCUGUGCUGAUGUGGCUUCAGCUCUCUGUACAAAUCCAUCACACAUCAGAGAGCUGGAUCUGAGUGAGUGUGAACUGGGAGACUCAGGAGUGAAGAAGCUCUGUGAUCUACUGAAGAUACACGAGUGUAAACUGGAGAAACUGCUACUACAGAAAAGUGUAAAAGGUAAAUCAUCCUGUGCUGAUGUGGCUUCAGCUCUCUGUACAAAUCCAUCACACAUCAGAGAGCUGGAUCUGAGAUGGUGUGAACUGGGAGACUCAGGAGUGAAGAAGCUCUGUGAUCUACUGAAGAUACACGAGUGUAAACUGGAGAAACUGCUGUUAAAGAAGUGCAGCAUAACAGAUGGAGAUGUUGCUGCUCUGACUGGAGCUCUGAGGUCAAACUCCUCUUAUCUGAAAGAGCUCGAUCUGAGAGAGAAUAAACUAACAGAUUCAACAGUAAAGAAGCUCUCUGAGAUACUGGAGCGUUCAGGAGGACAGUUAAUGUAUGACGGGGAGUCAUUGUUAAAAAAAGCAUGGAAUUUGUUGCCUUUUGUUAAGUCUGAUGAACAGCCGACUUCAGAACCUGACUCCUCUACAGUAAAGACGGAACAAAGAGAUGAAGAAAUAAAAGACACACACUGGGGAGAAAGCAGUGUGGACCAGGACAGCUGUAGUAAAGACACUGACAUCUGAACCCCAGAGACUUCAGGCAGUUCAUAUAACACCAGAGAACAGUACAGAAGUACACGACACAAACACAAGUAAUUCACCAAAACUACAAGAAAAGGGACACAAAAAGCACUCAAACAUCCAAAACACAAAAAGAUAUUAGAUAAUGACAACAAUUCAAACAAUUCAGACAGAAGACGCCUCAGCAGACCGUGACACUCGAAUCCUACUAAUACAAAACUACACUGUAAUCCCCAAAUAUAAAUAUGACCAAAAUUAAAGGAGGAACUUCAGCUGUACAGAUAAGGGAUUCAGUCAGGAGUUCAUUAUGUAGUACAAGUGUACAGGGUACAUGGAUUAUACCAUACUGCAGAAAAACAAUUAAACAGCACAACUCACAAACAUCAACUAAACAUAAACUAAACGUCUAACUUAAACUAAAAUACUGAUAUAUUUAUGAAAUAAAAUAAUGAUCUAUUACACUUCACAGCCAUAGACACUACUGACAGACACCAAGCUGAUGGAAAGGAACAAACUGGUUCUAAUAGAAAGUGAACACAAAAAGAGCAGUGAUUUCUGGACCAGAAUUUCUUUCUUAAAAUGUCUUUGUGCUGUAAAAUGUUUUGUCCUACUGUGCUGCAGUCUGAAUGAUGAGAGUGUUAAAACAUUACUUUUUUAAAUCUACUGUUUAAAAUAUCAAGAACAAUCCUACAAAACAUUUUAAAGAUCAUAAAAAACAAAUAAAAAGGUUUUAACGUAACUGCACGUUAUCAAAAUGGAGGUUUUUAGACCUUAUUAUUAAUUUAGUUAAAGAUGGUUUUAAAAACAAAACAAAAAUUUCAUUGUAAAUGGCUUCAGUUUUAGUUACUAACUAAAUAACUCUGGUAAUUGCUUAAUAAAUUAAGGUUUAAAUAAAGUGCAGUUUAUGUAUCAUGUAAGUUUUCUUGACCUCUGUCCUGUCCUAUUUAUUAGUAUUACAGGGGAUAAGUUACUGUUCCAUGAGGGAAUAAGGUUUAGUCUCACACUUACAGUCUCACUCGUACUCCAACAUGCUUCACCAACAUGCUGCCUGCCUUCUCUACAAGUGUCUGAUAACAUCUAAUGCAGUUUGUUUAUUUUAAACAGAUGUACAACUGGAUUAGACUUUUUUUACUGCCUGAAGUUAAAUAUUCUAGUGACUCAAAUCAGCAUCAAUUAUAUUUUUAUUUAAUAUAUUUGGUCCCAGCCAAAUGAUGUAUUUUGUUCCAAUUGUGUGAGAGAUAUUUCUGAUAUACAGGAAGUCCUCCAGAGAAUUCAGGGUUCAACUUCCUGUACUUCCUGUGAGUAUGUACUGCUGGACCAAGAGCUUCAAUACCACACAUUCUGUAUCCUAUUGAGAGCUCUGAGUUUGUGUACAUGUGUAUGAAAAGAUUUAAAUGUGUUCAGUGUGUAGAUCCAUUUUUGUAAGCAGAUGAAGGACUAAACUGAACUGAUGUGGUUUUGAAUUGAACUGAAUUUGAUGAAUGAGAAGUGUAAUGUACCUGAAUAAAGUAGUAAACAUUCA